CUUCACGGCCCGCGGCGCCGGAAGUUCCGGUUCGUCGCUGGUUGACGUGUCCUUGUUGAGUGUGUGAUCGCGGAGAGCCCGGAGUCUGGUCAGUGUGAGAGCUGGAAGCCGGCGGGAUGAAGUCGUUGUUUGUUGCGCUGCUCGCCCUCCUGGCGGUCGUCCAUUGUGAGGACGGGGCUCGGUUGUUGGCGUCUAAGACCCUGCUGAACAGAUACGCCGUGGAGGGGAAGGACCUGACGCUGCAGUAUAACAUCUACAACGUGGGCUCCAACGCCGCCCUGGAUGUGGAGCUCUCCGAUGAUUCCUUCCCUCCAGAGGACUUUGGGAUUGUCUCCGGAAUGCUGAAUGUGAAAUGGGACCGAAUCGCCCCAGCCAGCAACGUCUCGCACACUGUGGUCCUGCGCCCCCUGAAGGCCGGGUACUUCAACUUCACCUCCGCCACCAUCACUUACCUGGCUCAGGAGGGCUCACAGGUUGUGGUGGGGUACACCAGCGCCCCCGGACAAGGAGGCAUCCUUGCUCAGCGAGAGUUUGACAGACGAUUCUCCCCUCAUUUUCUGGACUGGGCGGCCUUCGGAAUGAUGACUCUGCCCUCCGUCGGCAUCCCCCUCCUCCUGUGGUUUUCAAGCAAGAGAAAAUACGACACGCCCAAACCCAAGAAGAACUGAGGGGCUCUGUCCGCUGGAGACCCCGCACCCGUCUACAGGAAACCCCAAGGACCCCUCUCGGGCAGCUCCGCCAGUACCAUCUGAUCUCCAGUGGGUGGCGCUCCAGGACCUUAUUCUUUGGUUGAAACAAAAAUCCAAAUGUUUUAUUUUUUGGGGGGGGUCACCCUGCACCCGCGUCUACCCCAUCAGAACCAGCGGCAUUUUAUGGGACAAUUGCAUGGGUGCUAUAACUGUCAUCUGCUACGUCCUGGCUGCGGGGGCAGGGGGCGCUAAUGAGCACUGCGCUCCCUCUGCCCCCAUUUUUUUGGAACAAUAGAGGGUUUUCUAAUAAAAGUGAAAUAAAACGGU